UCACACACAUGCGUGCCAAAUACCGUUACAAGGACCAACAGCUCAACGCGGGCCGCCUGACAUGGCAGAGACACACGGAUUCAUGAUUGUGCUGCUUAUUUUCUUGAAGAAUUUGUUACUUGCAAACUCAAAAGCCUUAUUACCAGACGCCAACGUCACCUGCAUCAUCCCUGAAGACUGCAUCCUGCCCUGCAGCUUCAGACCCACCGGCACUGUGGUGAUCCACUGGUACAAGCAGCAAAUCCCCGUCCAUAGCUACUACUACAACAAGGAUCAGUUUGGACUCCAGAACAAACACUUCAGUGGAAGGACUUGCUUGUUCAACUCCCACAUCCCUCACGGCAACGCCUCCCUGCUCCUCAGGAGGGUCAAAGUUCAAGACAAGGGCAGGUACAAAUGUUACACGAGCACACGAAAGGGCAACCAGGAGAUCUUUGUGAACCUGGAGGUGAAAGCUCUCAUCCAGUCAGUGAACAUGGAGAUGACCGAUGAGAUGGUCACCUGCUCCUCUCACAACAUCUACCCUCUCCCUCAGGUGACAUGGGCCACAGACCCCCCCUCUGCCCAGGAAGCUCUAGAAAAUUCAAUCAUCAAAACCACAGACCACAAGGGUCUGUUCACUGUGGAGAGCACGCUGAGGAUUCUGGGUAAUGUCUCCAACUAUACCUACUUCUGCUCUUUUAUAGCGGCUGACAAGACCCAGGUGUGGACUGCCUCUGGGAAAAACCAAGAGAGUAUAACACAGGAAGAAGGUCAUGCACUGUCCAUCCCAUGCAUCGCCCCGCACAGUCCCCAGAAUUUCUCCCUCACCUGGACCUUCACUUCGUCCAUUGAGCCCACAGUUAUCUUGAGAUAUGACACAAAAACCAGACACACCUUUGACCUUUGGGAAGGUCAGGCUGAACUGGACCAGGACCUGCUACUUCUGGGAGACGGAUCUCUUCUGCUUCACAAGCCAGACAUUGAGGAGCACUCUGGGACAUAUACCUGCACCUUCUCAGGCCUGCAGAGCAGACACGUUGUUCAAACCCAUGUAAACAUCACUGUGGCAUCAAUAAAUGUGGACGAGCAGAGUGUGCAGAGGUCGUGGUGGAGCACUGCAGCUUCUGCAGCCUUAUUCUUGUUCACCAUCACUGUAAUUCUCCUUCAAUGUGCCAGGAAAAAAGCAAUGGAGACCAGAAGUGCGUCACACAGAUACAACGGAGUGAGUUUUGUUGUAGGUGGGAUUCACAAAGGUGUGAACACCUCGGCUUCAUACAUAAUUGAAGAACAUGGAGUUGAGUGCAACAGUGCACAGCUACAGUUUGAAGCACAGGAUGAAGUGACGGGCAGUACGCCAAACACAGCGGAGGACUGUGCUGUGGCUUCACCACCAGGCACUGAAAUAGAACAAGAGGAAAAGCCAGUAGGACCACCUGCAGAGGGAAAUGAUGGGUCACAAUCCAGCAGUCAAGAGAGGGAUGGAUUUGGAAACACUGAGCCUGGGCUUCAUACAUCAUGAACUUAACGUGAUUAAAUCAUCUGACCAUAAGUGAGCAACACACAGUGGAGGAUAAUGCACGUAUAAACUCCAACAGACAGACCAAUCACGAUUAAAUAGACUGGUGUCUGUAAAAUUCUUUGAGGGUGCUCCUCGUCAUAAUGUGAUAUACUGUGAACAACUAUUAUUAUUAUUAUUAACAUUAAGUGUAAGCUUGUUUUCCUGCCUUUAAAAUAAAAAGAA